GGGAGCGAGAGGGAGAGAGAGACGGGAGAGGGAGAGACAGAUUAGCAUCUUGUUCCAAUGAAACAUCAAGCAGUUUGAUGAUGACAGCGAAAGGCAGACUCAAAGCGGUCCCCUUCCCCCUGGCCCACCGGCUCACCAUGAAGGAGGUGUUUGACGCGGAGGGCCGCCCUCGCGUGGACCUGCUGAAGGCCCACCUCACCAAGGAGGGCCGGCUGGAGGAGGCGGUGGCGCUGCGCGUCAUCGACGAGGGGGCCGCCAUCCUGCGCCAGGAGCGCACCAUGCUGGACAUCGAGGCGCCCGUCACCGUGUGCGGGGACAUCCACGGGCAGUUCUUUGACCUGAUGAAGCUGUUUGAGGUGGGGGGCUCCCCCGCCAACACACGCUACCUCUUCCUGGGGGACUACGUGGACAGGGGCUACUUCAGCAUCGAGUGUGUGCUCUACCUGUGGUCGCUGAAGAUCCUCUACCCAAAGACGCUCUUCCUGCUGCGGGGAAACCAUGAAUGUAGACAUCUGACGGAAUAUUUCACAUUUAAACAAGAAUGUAAGAUCAAGUACUCUGAGCAGGUGUAUGACUCCUGCAUGGACGCCUUUGACUGUCUGCCCCUGGCCGCCCUCAUGAACCAGCAGUUCCUCUGUGUGCACGGGGGGCUGUCCCCCGAGAUACACACCCUGGACGACAUCAAGAAGUUGGACCGCUUUAAGGAGCCCCCGGCCUUCGGGCCCAUGUGUGACCUGCUGUGGGCCGACCCGCUCGAGGACUUCGGCAACGAGAAGACGCAGGAGUACUUCGGCCACAACACCGUCCGGGGGUGCUCCUACUUCUACAGUUACCCGGCGGUGUGUGAGUUCCUUCAGACCAACAACCUGCUGUCAAUCAUCAGAGCGCACGAGGCCCAGGAUGCUGGAUACCGUAUGUACAGGAAGAGUCAGACCACCGGGUUCCCCUCCCUCAUCACCAUCUUCUCCGCUCCGAACUACCUGGAUGUGUACAACAACAAAGCGGCCGUGUUGAAGUAUGAGAACAACGUGAUGAACAUCCGUCAGUUCAACUGCUCCCCCCACCCCUACUGGCUGCCCAACUUCAUGGACGUCUUCACCUGGUCCCUGCCCUUCGUAGGGGAGAAGGUGACGGAGAUGCUGGUGAACGUCCUCAGCAUCUGCUCCGACGACGAGCUGAUGAACGACGGGGAGGAGAUCUACGACGCCAACGCUGCGGCAGCGAGGAAAGAGGUGAUCAAGAACAAGAUCCGCGCCAUAGGGAAGAUGGCCAAGAUGUUCUCUGUUCUACGGGAGGAGAGUGAGAAUGUGUUGACCCUCAAGGGGCUGACCCCGACAGGCAUGCUGCCCAGCGGAGUGCUGUCAGGGGGCAAGCAGACACUGCAGAGUGCUACCAUUGAGGCCAUUGAAGCCAUCGAGACAGUUGAGGACGCCGAAGCCAUCCGGGGCUUCUCCCCGCAGCACCGGAUCCGGAGCUUCGAGGAGGCGAAGGGUCUGGACCGCAUCAACGAGCGCAUGCCCCCGCGCCGGGAGGGCGGGACCGGCCUGGACACGCCCCUGGGCCGGUUGACCGUCGGCGAGCCCAACGGCACCGACAGCAACAGCAAUAUACAGUGAUGACCACGGCGUUGGUUCUCUUUGUUUGGUUCCUUUCGUCUUCUCCCGCCCACACAGCAGUCAGACACACACACACACAAACACACAGGAAGGCCAUUCGCUAAGGAACCAGGCUCAUCAACGCGGUGUAUACAAAGACACCAUCCCCAACACGGAGAGGUCACCACCCCUAGAUAUGAAUCUAUACAUUGUCAUGUACAGAACAAUGUGCAUAUACACGCAUUCACACGCAUUCAGCACCAUUACCUUUCCCCCUGUCCUCUUUCUUUUGAACUGUGUGUGUGCACGUGUGUAUAAGGUGUGAGCAUCACCGGGACUAUACCAUACAUGGCUCUCACUGAAUUACAAAAACUACAAAUCCCACGUGCUGGCCAGAAGAGGAAGCAAAUAACCUGCUCAAUGCAAAGCACGAGCGAUACUGUUUACUGUGUACUGUGAUGGGAGGGUGUGGUCAGCAUGGUGUUGUUGGGCUGUGUCGUGUUUGCUGUGCAUUUGGUGUGGGUUCUUUUUAGGGUAAAGUUAGAACUUAUGAACUGGAACUGUGUGUGUGUGCGUGUGUGUGUGUGUGUGUCCAAAUAGGGCUUUUUAAUCUAAAGCAGUGGUUAGUAAUCACAAUGUAAGAUUGGUUUUCUAAGCUAAUUGACAUGAAGUGUGUGUUUGUGUGUGUGUGUGUGAGAGUGUGCCUGCGUGUUGGUGUGAUAGAUGGGUGGGUUGUAUCUGUGUGUAACUGUGAAUGGGUGGUGGUUUUUCGCGUGGGUGUGUUUGAAAGAAACGUGAGUGACAUUGCAUGCAGAGUACCAAGAGAGGAAAAAAACGAAAUCAAAUCAAAGUGUUGCUGCGUAGUGCUGCAUACAAACUUUUUAUGCAUCAGGGGCUUCAUCUGAGCCGGUGCGGGGGGGCCACAGACUCACAAGGCGGUCCCCUCUAAUCCCCACCGGCUCUUUUUUCACUUUCUUUCGUUAGCCUGGGUUCCCUAGUUAGCUUUUGUAGCACUACCCCAUCCAUCUUCCCUUCAUCGGUAACCAAUCUGAGGGGGCGUGGCUCCAGGGAGCAGAAAGCGGUUUUAUUCUGGUGGCCCCCGCAUUGGACCCCCCCCCCAACCCCCACGCUAUCCAUGGAACAACACAUACAGUGGGAAUGAUACUGCACACGUGAUGCAUUCAGAUGCUGGGAUUGCACAAGCAGUACAAUGGAAUUACAUGGGAUGCUUUGUGUGUGUAGGGGAGGGGGGAUGGGGAGGGUGAGUUGUGGUGAAACGUCAUAUUCUAUUCAUUCUAUUUCUAUAUGCUCCUUUUCUUGUCUUGGUGCUGUCCAAAUGUUGUCCUGUACGAUGGACAGCAUCGCUGGCUGGUGAUAAAAUCACACGAACCGGGUGGGAAACGGACUCGGUGUAGCAAGCAGGCGACCAGCCGAGCAACCACGGGCAAAAUGUCAAAAGAAAGGGUCUUUGUAAAGCAUUUAUAUUUACGCAUUGCAAUGCAUGCAACAAGUUAAGUUAUUUGAUAAUGAUGUUUCGGAUUAUGUGCUCUGUGUUUCACUAUAGUAAGAGUUUUCCUUCCUUUGAUUCUUUGGAGAUUUUUUUUUCUGGCCUAUAUAAAUUAAAUGAGGAUACUGGAAUAUAUUUAUGUUGUACAUACUGUUUAUUUGAUUAUUUUUGUAAUCAUUCUGCGUUAUUUUCUUUGUUUUUUCAUGCUCAUGUUUCUGUUGACUCUGCGUAGCGCGACGUAGCUUCUUUCCUCGGCUCCUGGUCAAAGAAUAGCAGCCCUUUAUAACUGAAACUAUGAACAGCGAUGGCCGAUAUAACACGAGCAUCGACGAAGACCAUACUAUAUACAGAGCCACAGGCGUUCAGGCCACCCAAGCAUGCUUGCAUGGUUAAAGAAAAUGAUUAAGUCACGCUAUUCAAUUGCAAAAAGCCAUUUUUAACAGAAAAAGCGGAUUUGCUGCUGUCACAAUUUAAAGUAAAAGUAAGUGAACUAUCUCUCUCUCUCUAAAAUCCUAUUUCUUGGCGACUCCUCGUGUUAUUUAAAGAUAUAUUGAUUCUAUGAUUAUUAUAUUCAUUAUGGAAAUUAUUCUUAAUAUUUAAGCUAUCUCUCUUCAUGUUGCGUUUAUCUUCUCGUGCUUCUUUGGAGACUUGAACCUUCCCUGUCUCUUUUGUCUCUCUCUCUCUCUCUCCUUAUGAUUAUGAAUAUCUCCCCAUCUGUUUUCGACUCCCCAGUCACUCAACACUAAACACUGUAAGCAUGCCCCAUGGGACGAUCCACCUUUUUUACUCUUGAAUAAAAUAUGCAUGAAUCC